AUGUGGCUUGUGGUGCUGGGCGCCGUGUGUCUACUGCACAGCAGCCUGGCCCUGCCGCUGCCCCAGGAGGCAGGAGGCAUGAGUGAGCAGCAGUGGAAACAGGCUCAGAACUAUCUCAUGAGAUUUUAUUCGCGUGACACCAAAGCAAGAGAUGACAACAGUAUAGAAGUCAAACUCAAGAAGAUGCAAAAGUUCUUUGGCCUGCCUGUAACUGGAAUAUUAAGCUCCCAUGUCACAGAAAUAAUGCAGAAGCCCAGAUGUGGGGUGCCAGAUGUUUUAGAAUACUCACUGUUCCCAAAAAGCCCAAAAUGGACUUCCAAAGUAGUCACCUACAGGGUCCUAUCAUAUACUCGAGACUUACCACGUGCCACAGUGGAUUCGUUAGUGGCAAAGGCCUUAAACAUGUGGAGCAAAGAGAUCCCACUAAGCUUCAAGAGAGUUAGCUGGGGAACUGCUGAUAUCAGGAUUGGCUUUGCCAGAGGAGCUCAUGGGGACUAUAACCCAUUUGAUGGACCUGGAAAUACUCUGGCUCAUGCCUUUGCACCGGGGCCAGACCUAGGAGGAGAUGCUCACUUUGACGAGGAUGAAAGCUGGACUGAUGGUGGCAAGAUUGGAAUUAACUUCUUGUAUGCCGCAGCUCAUGAACUUGGCCAUUCUUUGGGGCUGGGCCAUUCAUCAGAUCCUAAUGCAGUGAUGUAUCCAACAUACGCAAAUGCAGAUCCCAAGAAUUUCAAACUUUCACAAGAUGAUAUCAAAGGCAUUCAGAAGCUAUAUGGGAAGAGAAGUAAUUCAGCAAACAAUUAAAAACUUCAGGGAGAACAUCCAUUCAUUCAUUGGAUUCUAUAUCAUUGUUCCCCAACCAGAAUUAACACUAUGUCCUGCACUCCAUUUGGUACUUACCUCAUCCUUCCUUAUACUGUGGUUGGUUUUGCAUGUCUCUCUCUCCUGUGGAGUACAAACUCCAUGGAACUACUGUGUCUCAUUCAUCUAGACUCUCUUCAAGCAACUUGCACUUGGUACAACUACCCCAUUGCCAUCAAGUCUAUUCCAACUCAUAGUGACCCUAAAGAACAAAGUAGAACUGCCCCAUAGGGUUUCCAAGGCUGUAAAUCUUUAC